AUGUUCGAUAACAUCGAGAGACCGGAGCUAAAACGAUUCGCUGAGAAUAGCAAUGGAAAAGAGUGGCUGAUUCCUACGAGUGUUGAAGAAGAUAUGCGAAGAAAUGACUCAGCUGAUUGGAAUAUUGUACCUACCACAGUGACACCACCGAAAGUGGUACAAGGAUCUAAUUUUAAGCAAUUCUUUCCAUAUUUUUUGAUCUGUAACGUCCAAAUUGUAAAAGAAAGUCCUUUCGCGCAGCAUCCAAUGUUUACGACCUUGGCAACGCCUUCUCGUCGUCACAAUAAUGGCGAAUUGAAAUGA